AUGUUACUCUUAACCACACUCCUUGCCCUGCCCCUCGUAGUCAACGCACUCCCUGCCCCCGCCGCCAGCCCUGCCGUCGAGAAGAGGUCCGUCAAUCUGGGAUGGGAUUAUGGACAGGAGAAAGUGCGAGGCGUCAAUAUUGGGGGUUGGUUGGUCCUCGAGCCGUUCAUAACGCCGUCCAUCUUCGAAUCGACUGGGAAUGAAGGCAUCAUCGACGAGUACACUUUCUGCCAAUACCAAGACUACGAUACCGCACAGAGUGCCCUGCAAAAUCACUGGAACACGUGGUUCACCGAGGACGACUUUGCUAAGAUUGCAGGUGCUGGCUUGAAUCACGUCCGCAUCCCGAUCGGCUACUGGGCAUACGACGUACAAGGCGACGAGCCUUACAUACAAGGUGCCGCCGACUAUCUCGACAAGGCGAUCGGAUGGGCGGGUAACCACGGUCUGAAAGUGUUGGUGGACUUGCACGGCGUUCCUGGCAGUCAAAACGGAUACGAUAACUCGGGACAGAGGGGAGAUGCUCUUUGGGCAACCGAUUCCAACAACGUUGAGCGGGCCAAGAAUGUCAUUGCCACUCUUGCUACAAAGUACUCUGACCCCCAAUAUUACGGUGUGGUCACUGCUAUCGCCUUGUUGAACGAGCCCGCCACCUACUUGAACGACGAGCUCCUCUCCACCACUCGACAAUACUGGUAUGAUGCCUAUGGUGUUGCAAGAUACCCCUUUGGCAACAGCGAUAAAUCUGGCUUAGCUAUCGUCAUCCACGAUGGCUUCCAAGAUCCCUCUACUUACAACAACUACAUGACGGAGCCCGAGUAUGAGGACGUUAUUUUGGACACCCACAACUACCAAGUCUUUAACGACGAGUAUAUGACUUGGAACUGGGACCAGCACAUAGCUGGUGUCUGCGACAUGGCCAGCACUUACUCUGCGGCCGACCUUUGGCUCAUUGUUGGCGAGUGGUCUUUGGCGAGCACUGAUUGCGCCAAGUACCUCAACGGCCGUGGCAUCGGUGCUCGAUACGACGGCUCCUACUCUGGCUCUAGCUACGUCGGCGACUGCUCUGACAAGUCCAACGACGCCUCUCAGUACUCUUCCGAAUACAAAGCCUUUAUGCGCAAGUACUGGGACGUCCAGACUCAGCUGUACGAGGCCAACGGCCAAGGCUGGAUUCAUUGGACUUGGAAGACUGAAGAUGCGUCUGACUGGGGUUACGAGGCUGGUAUCGAUGGUGGAUGGAUCCCUGCCGACGCGUGGUACCACGACAGCCCGCUUUCAUCUUACUGUGGUUAG